AUGGCUGACAACGAAGCCGACAAGAAGAAGGCCUCGACCGAUGUCGAGGCUGCCGCUGCCGCCGUCGUGUUGGCCUGGCCAGCCGGAGGGAAACCUAACUUGACCAGUCUUCAUCCAGCUCCACGAAGAGUGAGGUUGCUAGUACUACUUCCCAUCUUGUUGAUCGUACCAUCCUCGAUCUGCAAGCCCAAGCUGAGAGUCAUGGCAAAUUCGCACCUUACUCACAAUACCAUCAUCGUCCACAAGCUAUCUCUAGUCCUCCUCAUUUGCUCCAUCCCCGGGUACAACUGUGAAGCUAUGGGCAGGAAGGCUGAAAUGGCAACACUUCUGAGCCUCGAGAGACACUGGGGCAAACAGACCACCAUCAGCUGGAGCUCCAUGAACACAGGCCAGUGUAAUUGGGAUGGAGCCAUUUGUAAUUUGGAUGGCCUUGUUACAGGUAUUUCACUCGGAGGCUACAAACUUGACAAGCCAAUUCCCUCAGAAAUUUGCUCGCUCAAGAAUCUUACACACAUCGACCUGUCGCACAACAACAUUCCAGGUUCUUUCCCUGUGGUACUUUUCAGUUGCUCAAGCCUUGAGCAUCUGGACCUCUCGUACAAUUCUUUUGUUGGUAGUCUCCCAUUAAAUCUCCAUCUACUGUCGGAAAAGAUUUCCUACCUUAACCUUGAAUCGAAUAGUUUAUCCAGUAGUAUUCCAAGUUCAGUCUACCAGCUUUCAUCCCUACAAGUUCUGAAACUGUCUUUCAAUACCUUUGCUUCACACAGAAUCAGUCCACACUUUGAAAAUUUGACAAACCUACAAGAGUUGUCAAUGCGUAAUAUGAAUAUAGUUGGUGAAAUUCCAGACACUAUGUUCAAGCUGACCCAACUUAGAAUCUUAGAUUUGUCUUGUAACACGCUCAAUGGAACAAUACCUACUGGGAUUUGGAGAAUGCGGAAUCUAGAGUUUCUUCAUCUACAAAGUAACUCUCUCUCCGGUCGCAUACCAGAUGAUUCCCGUAGGCUCCUGAAUCUGUCCCAACUUACAACCUUAGAUUUGUCUUCUAACAAACUCAAUGGGACAAUACCUAGUGUGAUUUGGAGAAUGCAGAAUCUGGACUCCCUCGAUCUACACAAUAACUGUCUCUCCGGUCGCAUACCAGAUGAUUCCCGUAGGCUCCACAAUCUGUCCCAACUUACAACCUUAGAUUUGUCUUCUAACACACUAAAUGGGACAAUACCCAGUGGGCUUUGGCGAAUGCAGAAUAUGGAGUCGCUUGAUCUGCACAAUAACUCUCUAACCGGUCGCAUACCAUAUGAUUUCUGUAAGCUCAAGAAACUGUCCUGGUUUUUAUUGAACAACAAUCUUCUAUCCGGCCCACUACCAGAAAACGUUACACGCUUUCUUUCCAAUCCCGGCUUAUGUUCCUCCAACCACUUUGGAAACCUACCUGCGUGCACCAGAUUGCACUUGAAGAUGUAUGUAGUCCUCCUCAUGGCCUUUGGUUCAACCAUUCUCAUAUGCACAGGGCUGAUUGGUUUUACUAAGAUCAAGGCAUUUUUCUGUAAGAAAAAAGAUGACGCCCCGUCUCCACGGUGGAAGCUGACGGCCUUCCAAGCUAUUGAUUAUGACAUUCAAGGCAUCAUUUGCAGCCUCAUUGAUGCAAACCUUGUCGGCAGCGGUGGUUCAGGAAAGGUGUAUAAGAUCUGCCUUGGUGAUGAAAACAGUGAGGUUAUAGCUGUCAAGCAAAUAUGGAGUAGCAGCGGACGGGAACAUGAUGUGCUGGAAAAGCAGUUUCAAGCUGAAAUUGAGAUUCUUGGAUCCAUCCGACAUGCCAAUAUUGUAAAGUUGCUUGGCUACAUUUCAAGCUCUGAAUCAAAGCUCCUCAUAUACGAAUACAUGGAGAACGGUAGCCUGUAUGAAUGGUUGCAUCAGAAAGAUGAUCCGACUAGUAGUACAACUAGACAGUUGUUGAACUGGCCGACAAGGAUGUCAAUAGCAAUCGAUGCAGCAAGGGGGCUGUGUUACAUGCACCAUGGUUGCUCUCCUGCUAUAGCACACCGUGAUGUGAAGUCCAGCAACAUCCUACUGGAUCUUCAGUUCAGAGCAAAGGUUGCGGACUUUGGCCUAGCUCGCGCAUUGCUUAAAGCUGGUGAGCCAGAGUCGGCCUCGGCGGUGGUUGGGUCCUUCGGAUACAUAGCUCCAGAGUUUGGAAGCUCGAGAAAGAUGAAUGAGAAAGUUGAUGUGUACAGCUUUGGGGUGGUUCUCUUGGAGCUGGUAACAGGGAGGUAUGCAAAUGGUGGGGGCGGGUACGAGAAUUUGGCGCAAUGGGCAUGGAGGCAAUUUCAUCAAGAUGAGGACAUCCAUUUGACAAAUCUGAUAGAUCCAGAUGUUCGAGAUCCAGCCUACUCGCAUGAGGUACAACUGGUGUUGAAGCUAGGGCUAAUUUGCACGGGCACAAACCCAUCUUCAAGGCCGUCGAUGAAGCAGGUUCUGCAGGUCCUACAACGCUGA